AUGUGCAUGCAUACUGUCACCAUGAUUUGGAAAUGGAUUCAUUUCAGUGCUCUUCUUCUUGGAGCACUCACAUCUCCGACUCCAUCUUUGCCCACCACCGCCAACACUGAUGGAGGACCCUGUCGCAUUUACAACUCUGGCCGCUCUGCACACUGUGUGGGAAAACAGCUCGACAGUGUCCCUUGGAGACAUUUUCCAUCCACACUGGAAGUCAUAGAUCUCUCCUACAAUGAACUUCGAGCUGUUCGUGCUGACGACUUCCUCCGCCUCCCUCAGCUUCGCAUCCUAAAGCUGCUGUACAAUAACAUUUCACACAUUGACAAUGAUGCCUUUAAAAACAACAUGCUCCUGGAACAUCUCAACAUCUUCAAUAACUCCCUACAGGAAAUUCCUGCCACAGCCCUGAAACCUCUUUUGAAUCUCACAGAGCUCUACAUGUCUAAUAACCUUUACAGACAUGCCACUUUGGCCGAUAGCUUCUCCAAAUUUGUCAAACUCCAAGCUCUGUCUAUGGGAGGCCCUAUGGUGAUGGGACUAAAGAAAACAGACUUUCAGCCCCUGAAGAACAUUGGCUUACAAGUUUUUGCUAUCAAAUGUUCCUCCAAUCUAAGUUACUACGAGCCUGGAAGUUUAGAAGUCAUCCAGACAAAGCAGAUUAGCUUUGACAUGGCCAUAGAUCAACGGCCAAGUGCUCUCCCUCACAUGCUACGUGACCUUGCCAACAAGACCUUCAGCGUCAUCCAGUUCCGCAACCUCUUUGAGUUCAUGUACUACAUGGGAGAGGAAGACAUUUUCCAGGGUUUAAAAUUAAUCACAGUCAAUCAGCUCAUCUUUCACAGAGGUAAAUUCAAUGAGAAUCUCCUCAGGAUGGCUUUAAUGAACUUACAAGUCACCCCUAUCAAACGUUUGAGACUUCAGUACAUCGACUUUGCCCGUUCACCCACAUUUGUUGAUAGCGGAGCAAGUUCCAGCAUCACAGACCUGGCACUGGAUAAGUUGGAUCUUUGGUAUAUAAGCAAUCCUGAUGUGCUGCGAUUUGACUGGCGCUUUACCUGGUUCAACAAAAUUAAGGAACUGUCUAUUCAGCAUGUGUACUUCAACUCUGUGCCUUGUGACGCCUGGGUUGAGAUGGAAGGUGUUGAGGUUCUGGAUGUCUCCAAUAAUCGACUACAGAAUGAGUUCAUCUUCAACCAGCGGUGUGAUUACAAGGGCGUCAUGCCACAUCUUCACACCUUCAACAUUAGCACCAAUGACGUGACCAGUUUAAAGGACUUGUCCUUGCUAACAAGGGAGUUCCAGCAGCUACAGGUAUUGGAUUUUAGCAACAACAAACUGGGCUCUGCUGAAAACAGUCAGGACUGCGUUUGGCAAAAUAAUAUCACUCGGGUUAUCGCUCACCACAAUCAAUUCGUAAGGGAAGCACUCAGUUGUCUGCCCACCACAGUGCACUACUUGGACUUGUCCGACUGCAACCUGGAUCAGCUGGACAUGACGUACUUUGAGAAAACCACCAACCUGAAAGAGCUCCUGCUGACUGGAAAUAAAAUCAAGUUCAUCCCAUCAAAGUGGAAAAGUCUGUCACUGCAGUCCCUUGCUUUAGAUGGGAAUUCGUUUGGUCUCAUUAGCAAGGCAACUUUCCAGGACAUGCCUCAACUGUCUCAACUGAGGGCAGGGAAUAAUCCUUACCAUUGCACGUGUGAGCUCCAUGCUUUUGUCCAGGACACAAUGUCAAAGGGAAAGGUUAACCUCACAGACUGGCCUUUGAACUACAGGUGUUACCACCCAGAGGCCUUGCUCGACACAGUCAUAUCCACAUUCCUGCCAGGUCAAGUGGCAUGUGACAUCAGACUAGUUAUUAUCAUCUGUGUUGUGACAACGGCAGCGGUGAUCUUGAUAUUAAUGCUAAUUUGCUAUAUUUUUGACCUCCCGUGGUACACUAAAGCCACAUAUCAGAUCAUCAGGGCCAAAUACAGAGCUCAUAAGGAAAAAGCGGCCGGGGAAACAGGGACUUUUACUUAUCAUGCCUUCAUAUCCUACAGCCACUCUGAUGCCGACUGGGUGAGGGACCAGCUCUUGCCCUGUUUGGAGAGCAACAAGAACUCCUAUCGUUUGUGUAUUCAUGAGAGGGACUUCACGCCAGGAAGGUGGAUCAUCGAUAACAUAAUUGACAACAUUGAAAGCAGUCGUAAGGUAAUAUUUAUCCUCUCCCGGCACUUUGUUAACAGCGAGUGGUGCAACUAUGAGCUGUACUUCGCUCAGCAGAGAACAGUGGGCAAGACCUUCAAUGAUGUCAUACUAGUGGUGAAGGAGCCCAUCGAUCCCAGCUCCUUGCCCAGCAAGUACUGCAAGCUGAAGAAGAUGCUGAGUACUAAGACCUACCUGGAGUGGCCCCAGCAGGUCAGCCAGCAGUCGUUUUUCUGGGCACAGCUCAUAAGUGUCCUGGGCAAGCCCACAAUGACUCGAGAGGGGGCGCACAGUGUUAAGAGCAGAACCUCAUCCGUGGGAGGUGUUUCUGUAAUUGGGCCCCGCUUGGAUGAUAGGAUGCCAGAAGCAACAAUACUGAAUGCGGACAAGGGAACAGAACCUGAAAAUGAAAUUAUUAACAGCAAUAAUGAUCAGCUAUCAAAUCGGAGACAAAUUCCUAUGGUGGCAUUUUGACCCAAAGCUUAGAAAAUAACAUUUCAAUUUCAUCAGUAUUGUCUCAGUGAAGGCCUGAACUCAGGUAACCUUUUGUGUGCAGGUUAUGCCAAAGCAAAAGCCAUUGUCUCAUUAUGAUGAUGAUAAAAUGAUCCCCUGUCCUGCCUG